UCCGCCUGCGCGAGACUCCGCGGUGUCUGGCCGCGCGGGGCGGUGCGCAGCGGCUUCUGAGGCGGCGUUUAAACAAACUUUUAUUUUAUAAAUGUUUCACACUCUUUAUUGUUUUUUGCUUAAGUUGUUUUCUCGUUGAUGUUCGCGUUGCGGAGCGGGUUUUUUUUAUUCAAAUCGGCGUUAAAAAAAAUUGGAAGAAAAUGUUUCGCCUCGCGAUCGACCGACCCCCUCCUCCUCGCAAGCCAUCAAGAAGAGAAUAAUUUAAUUGAUUUAACACAAGAACGUGGAACGGGGGUGGGGGGUUAAAGUAAGAUUCGCGACCGGUGCGGUACUUAUCGCGACAAGGCAAUUAAGAAAGAAAGAGAGAGACAGAAGGAGAGAGCGAGAGGAGAGGGAGGGCACCCUAAGACGGUGAAGACGACGCGCGGCUCGUGACUGGGAUCCAAGUCUUGUUGUGGUUGCGUUCGGCAGCAGACGGCCGUCAAGAGUAGGAGCCGCACAACGCCACCAAUCAGCAACAACACCACCAGCAACACCGCCACUACAACGUGUGCAGGAGAAGCUACGCGACUCGCAACUGUAACACGAGCAGCGACCGCAGCCAUAGCGCUACCACCACCAGCCAGCAGCAGUAGCCACGGACACCACCACCACUCGUAGCAGCAACACAUCAAUACGCCAACAUCGACACGAAUACCAAUAAUAGUCACUGAUCGUAGCACAUCCCCCAACACUAUCGAUCACAACCAACAACCACCACCACAACCACCACCACAACUAACCAAGAGAAUCGUCACCAACACCAAAAGCCACAAACGCCGCCGCCAGCAGCAUCAUCAGUAACACGACCACCCGCAGCGGUCUUCACCAGUGACCCUGUAACAGUCGGGGUAACAGUCGUGGUAACAGUAGUAGUGUGGAGGAGGGGUAACAGUGGAGGUAACAGUCGGGGUAACAGUAGUAGUUUUGAGGAGGAGGAGGGGGGGUGCUGAGAGGAGAGACCGAGUGGCGUGGAGGGGGGUGUGCGUGCGACACGACGACGAGGAGGAGGCGCUCCGCACCCGGCCAUGGAGACGCACGUGUCGUGCCUCUUCCCCGAGAUCCUGGCGCUCAUCUUCAGCUACCUGGACGUGCGGGACAAGGGCCGCGCCGCCCAGACCUGCUCGGCCUGGCGCGACGCCGCCUACCACCGCUCCGUGUGGCGCGGCGUGGAGGCGAAGCUGCACCUGCGGCGCGCCAACCCGUCACUCUUCCCCUCGCUGCAGACACGCGGCAUCGCACGAGUGCAGGUGCUGAGCCUUCGCCGCAGCCUGAGCUACGUGGUGCAGGGCCUCCCGCGGCUUGAGAGCCUCAACCUGAGCGGCUGCUACAACCUGACGGACGCUGGGCUCGGCCACGCCUUCAUGCACGACACCCCGUCGCUCAGUGUGCUCAACCUCAGCCUUUGCAAGCAGGUCACCGACAGCAGCUUGGAGCGCAUCGCGCAGCACCUCAAAGGCUUGCAGGUGCUGGACUUGGCGGGCUGCAGCAACGUCACCAACGGUGGCCUCUUCCUGGUCGCGUGGGGGUUGCGCGGCCUCAAGAGCCUCAACCUGCGCAGUUGCCGCCACGUGUCGGACGCGGGCAUCGCGCACCUGGCCGGCCUGACGGAGGCCGAGGGCUGCACCGGCCUGGAGCACCUGACGCUACAGGACUGCCAGAAGCUGAGCGACGCGGCGCUCAAGUGUGUGGCGCGUGGCCUGACCAACCUCAAGACAUUGAACCUGAGCUUCUGCGGCGGCAUCUCCGAUGCGGGCAUGGUGCACCUGUCGCACAUGGCGAGCCUCCGGACGCUGAACCUGCGCUCGUGCGACAAUAUCAGCGAUGCGGGCAUCAUGCAUCUGUCGACGGGCACGCUGCGGCUCGGCGGUCUCGACUUGUCGUUUUGCGACAAGGUGGCCGACCAGAGUCUGGCGAACGUGGCGCAGGGCCUGUACCACCUCAAGUCUCUGUCGCUUUGCUCUUGCCACAUCAGCGACGACGGGCUGGACAGGAUGGUGCGGCAAAUGAGCAGCCUGCGCACGCUCAACAUCGGGCAGUGCACGCGCAUCACCGACAAGGGCCUGGAGCUCAUCGCGGACCACCUGACGCAGCUCACGGGCAUCGACCUAUACGGAUGCACCCGCAUCACCAAGCGAGGGCUGGAGAGGAUCACGCAGCUGCCCUGCCUCAAGGUGCUCAACCUGGGACUCUGGCAGAUGACGGAGAGUGACCGAGUGAGAUGAGACACGGCCGAGUGCCCCCUUCCGUCAACACGUUCGGUCGGCAAUGCGUUUUUAAAGAGACGGUGGCGAGGACUAUUUGUGGACGUGAUGACUAAGGGUGGUGGUGGUCGCGAUGGCGAUGUGGUGAUCGCUAAUGAUGGUGGCUGCGAUGUGGAGUUUUUAAGACAUCGGAACUGAAUAAAGUCUUUCUAAAAUGAGAACCGCUGUCAUGACCCUGAGCAUGUGAUGAACAGUGGAAAGCGCUGGUACUGAAAGUGAGGAGUGAAGAUACAGUUGAAUGUCUGGCUUUAAAAUGAAAUGACUGAAAUGACUUAAGAUGGUUGGGCAUACGACAGGAUUGAAAAGGAGGUCCUUUUUCAAGCAUAUUUGUUUGAACAUACGCUUUGAAUGCAGCUAUUUUUAUUAAAGUUUUUUUGUAUAACUGACUUGUAUGUUAUAUACAAUACAAUGAAAUGUAACAUGUAAACACUGCAAACAGUAUUUUGAUGGCACAAUUGUAGUUUUAACCCCUUUCUUUAAUUUUCUUUUUUGCUGUUGAGCAUGGCAUUGCUUUUGGAUUUUUCAGGUCAGUUGAUGAGAAAGCGAAAAAGUGGGGGGGAAGAAUACCAAUUUUAGUGUCCUGUGAGUGAGCAUCAGAGUUAUAUCUGUUGACAUGGGCAUAGCCACAAGAUGAAACAUUCUGUUGGAGUUAGCAGGCAGGAGCUUGUGCUCGUUGUGGCUUGGAUUAUUUUACUCUUAACAACAAAGCACCAACUGCUGCUUUUAUUUUAAUUUAAUAUGUGAAACCACUUUCGCAUUGCAGCGUUUCAUUUAACUAACGAGAUGAAAAACUUAGACCUGCCCAUGGCUCAGAUGUCUGCCAAUCAAGAUAAUUCUGCUUUUCUUUUCAUAUUACAAUACUAGUGAUGGAUGGGGGUUGUCAUGGAGAGCUGGAAAAAUGGUUGCUUGCAAGAUCUGAAUCUCAAACCACUGCUCCCACUCGGGUGGGGCCAACUCUUUAACAAGUGGUGCUUGGGAAAUUGACUUUUGCAGUGAAACCCCCUGUUUAAAUUAUUUCUUGCACCUGACAUACAGCAGACCUACGUUGUUGUUGGGCGGUUAAACACUGCAUUCAUAUUUGGCCCUAGAUUUUUACAACUUUAUCACCUUCCUUAAAAGCCUUGACUUGGAGCUAUGGGAACAAGGAUUUUUAAAACUGGUUUCAGGCGAUGGUGUUAUUUUGUGAGACUGGUGUGGUUCUACCAAGGGCAUUGUGGGCUAUAAUGUAACGGAUCCGUGAGUUUUUGUUGAUACAAUUUAAGACAAACGGCACAUCAUAUGGAUACAUAGUUGCAUAUUCUUUUCUAGAUGUGUGUCACACAUUUUUUGGACCAAUUUUUUUUCUUUACGAAAGAUUUUGCUGCAGUUUUAGAAUUGGGAUUUGCAAAAAAAAUCUUAAGAGACAUGACGGGUCACACUGAACAUAGGGAUUAAAAAAAAUUGUGUUUUUUCAUGCUAUAGCCUGAAAUGCAAUCUCCUGAAACUGAGGUUUAGAAACAAAGUUGUGCCGUUUUCCCAUAGCUCGUUUAAAUAUUGGGUCGACUUGCUCCGCUGUGGCCUCAUGGUAUCAUACUAAGAUAUGCACUCAUUCGGUGCAUAGCUGCACUUAAUGUAAAAUGUCACUCCCAGCAACUGGCAUAAACUGCUUUUGUUUGGAGCACAUGCCAGAGCUGGGGAAAUGCAUUUGGAAAUGAGUAAUUUUGAGUUUUUCUUACUGUUCUCUUUACUGCCAUUCUUGGGGGGGGGGGGGGGGAAACAAUGUCAGAGGUCUUUUGCAUGAGAGACUUAAGAUAUCUGUUUAAAAAAAAACACCUUUGUGAAUUUUGAAAUUUUUGACGUUACAGAUGGGUGAGACGUGCUUUUAAGGUUCUGGGGUGCUCCCAUAGCAUGCUUGUUGCGUUUUGGAUUUGUACGAGUCUGUUUCAUUUCACUUAAAAGGCCAGGAAUGUUAAAAAAAGAGAACAGUUUGUUUAAAUGUUUACAUUUUUAUCUGAAUCUGCGCCCAACUGUCUUAAGUGUGUUCUAUAGCAAUAAUAUUGGCUGGACCCACUUGGAAGCCAGUGGCUGGCUUUUUAAUUUGACGUCAGCUUCAGCGGAAGUGUGCGAAUCAACACUGGCGAUGACUAAUGCUGACGGUGAAUCAACAUUUGACGGUGACUUUUAAUGACACGAUGGGGGGGGUGGGGGGCAUCGCUUGACUUGCGUUAUUUCUUUUUAAUCCUUAAUUUUGGAUGAGGACAUUGCAAAGUGAGGAACCAUCACGGACUGUAAAUUGUCAAAACUAACUAUAUUUUUUAAAAAGAAUGUUUAAGAAGUUUGCAGUCCUAGAACUAUGUUUUAAGUGCGUGGGUUGUAAUAUGUAACCCAGGACAAUUAUAAAUCACUCUUGUUCAAGAUUCAUUUGAGAAGUUAUCAGUUUUGUGAAAAACCCGCUGUUUCGAAACAAGCGGACUUUGUUCUCGUUGAGGACGUGGAACUGGCUGAAGGCAUGCUGGGACAUUCCUUGUGUGGAAAAUAAUACUCAUUGUAGAGACUGCAGACAAACUGAACAUUUGAAUGUUCAUCUACCUCACUUGGAGCUUGGCUAAGAUGGCCCGGGGAGUGAAUGCAGUGCACAGACAAAUACUUAGUUUUUAAAAUGGAAAAUGAAUUACUUUUUAAACUAAAAAAAAAGGUACUGUACACAACUCCAACCCUUGCUACCUACAUAUUGCUUAACUGGAACAGUUGUACCUGUUGAUUUUGAAACUAACAUAGCUUAUAUAUUUUAAUAAAUAAAAUUGCUUUGGGGGGAAAAAGAAACCUGCCCCAAGUGAUUGAAUACAGCGUAGUACAGUACAGUUGUCAUCACUUUAGUAGUCUGCACUCUAAUCGUAAAGAUGUACAAGCUUAACAAUGUAACUGCAGAAAUCGAUACAAAAUUGUGUUAAAAAAAGGAAGAUUUUUUUGGGGAGGCACACAAUGAUAUAAAGAUUAAUGGAAUCUUUCCAGGAAACAUUUUUUAAGAAUGAACUGGGGGAGGGAUGAACUGGCUAAAAAACAUUUGUUUUUAUGAACUGUACAAUUUCAGCUCUACUAUGUAGACGUGUGAUGAAACGUGUACUGUAUUUGAAAAGCACACCCGCUGUAUUUAUGCUGAGAGAUUAAAACAAUUAUUAAAAAUAUAAUCUGAAAGAAAGAGGAUCGUGCCGCUGUGUUUUUUAGUAUGUGCAGUGCUGCGCUCUUUAAACACAACGUUGGCUCUGGGUAUGGGUUUAAGAGUUGGCAUUCCAUGUAAUGAAAACUGAAUGAAACAAUUCCCUAGUUGUUUACAGUAACAUUUUUCCAAGUUGUGGAUUCAUUUUUUUACGAAAGCUUUCGGCCGUAAACUGUUUUUUGGGAUCGUGCAAGAGGAGUUUGGC